AUGGCCGCGCGCCCGGGGCCCCUGUGGCUCCUGGGCCUGGCUCUGUGCGCGCUGGGCGGCGGCCCCGGCCCGCGCCCCCCUCACAGCUGCCCCCAGCGUCCUCUGGGGGCGCGCGAGCGCCGCGACAUGCAGCGCGAGAUCCUGGCGGUGCUCGGGCUGCCCGGGCGGCCCCGGCCCCGCGCGCCCCCCGCCACCGCGCGGCUGCCCGCGUCCGCGCCGCUCUUCAUGCUGGACCUCUACCACGCCAUGGCCGGCGACGACGACGACGACGGCGGCGGGGCCCCCGAGCGGCGCCUGGGCCGUGCCGACCUGGUCAUGAGCUUCGUCAACAUGGUGGAGAGAGACCGAGGCCUGGGUCCCCAGGAGCCUCACUGGAAGGAGUUCCUCUUUGACCUGACCCAGAUUCCUGCUGGGGAAGCAGUCACAGCUGCUGAGUUCCGGAUUUACAAGGUGCCCAGCACCCACCUGCUCAACACGACCCUCCACGUCAGCGUGUUCGAGGUGGUCCAGGCGCACUUCAACAGGGAGUCUGACUUGUUCUUUUUGGAUCUUCAGACGCUCCGAGCUGGGGACGAGGGCUGGCUGGUGCUGGACAUCACGGCAGCCAGUGACCGCUGGUUGCUGAACCGUGACAAGGACCUGGGACUCCGCCUCUGUGUGGAAGCCGAGGAUGGGCACAGUGUGGAUCCUGGCCUGGCAGGUCUGCUGGGGCAACGGGCUCCACGCUCCAGACAACCGUUCAUGGUCACCUUCUUCAGGGCCACUUCAAGCCCUGCCCGUGCCCCGAGGGCGGCAAGACCCCUGAAGAGGAGGCAACCCAAAAAGUCCAAUGAGCUGCCACACCCCAACAAACUCCCAGGGAUCUUUGAUGACCGCCACGGCUCCCACGGCCGGCAGGUCUGCCGUCGGCACGAGCUGUACGUCAGCUUCCAGGACCUCGGCUGGCUGGACUGGGUCAUCGCCCCCCAGGGCUACUCGGCCUAUUACUGUGAGGGAGAGUGCUCCUUCCCGCUGGACUCGUGUAUGAACGCCACCAACCACGCCAUCCUGCAAUCCCUGGUGCACCUGAUGAAGCCAGACACAGUCCCCAAGGCGUGCUGUGCGCCCACCAAGCUGAGUGCCACCUCUGUGCUCUACUAUGACAGCAGCAACAACGUCAUCCUGCGCAAGCAUCGCAACAUGGUGGUCAAGGCCUGCGGCUGCCACUGAGUCCCAGAGAUUCUGCUGACCUGCGGGCCCUGAACUAG